CAGCAGUACUUGGAAGAGACUACACUCGCAGCUAGCUUGCUUCCUUGCAAGGGCACCGCAGAGAAACGCAUCUGAUGUACCUGUCGAAAUGAUUUAUCGGCAUUAGCCGAGUACAAUGGAUCCUGCAGAAGAGCUCCCGUCCAUGUUGUGGGGAUUGGACCCGAUAUUUUCUGCAUUCGCCAGGCUACAUGUAACAGACAUCCUCCACAUGAGAGAGUCCUGUCAAGUGCCAGAUAUUUAUUUCUACAAGUCACAUCCGAUCCACAAGGUUGAUGUACUUGGGACAGUCGUUUAUAAGAGGGAAAGAGAGGACUUCUUCUGUUAUGGAGUAGACGAUGGCACUGGUGUUAUAAACUGCUUGUGUUGGAAGAAUGACCCGAUGAAAGAGGAGCUGGAUUCUGGUAAAUACGGGGGAAAACCAAGUGAUGACCUUCAGCACAGCUUUAAUCUAGCUGUUGAGGUGAAAAAGCUGAAACAGGCCCAGCAGACCCACUUCCGCCUCGAGAUUGGAGAGCUUCUGCGAGUCAGAGGACAAGUGAAGACAUCAAGGCAACAGAGGGAGAUGAUGGCCUCCACCUACUAUAAAGUGAAUGACCCAGUGAUGGCAGUCCAGAUUGAAUGGAUGAGUGAUGUCUUACAGCUGUACAGAGAGUUCUAUGACAAACCACUCCACCUACAAAACAUAUCUGCAAGUGAGUCUCCCAUCACUUCCCUCAGUAAGGCAACGCAAAUCAUCAAAGAUUUCUUAGAGCAGAAGGCUGUGAGCAAGUUCAGACCAUAUGAUAUUCAGGACAUCCUGCAGCCUCUCUUCCCGAGCUGUCCUGAAGUAGCACCUGCAGGCCAGGAGCCUGUGGCGGGAUCGUCUACAUGUCAGCAACUACAUGUGCUCCUUAAAGAGGCCUUGCAACUUUUACAGGAUGAGGGCGUUGUGUACCGCAAGGUUAAAUCCCAGGAUGAAGUCUAUUUUGUGACUGCACAGGAUAAAGAUCUACUUAUGGCAGUCAAAGACAUAAUCAGAGAGGACUCAAAAAGAGAGAAGUAUCAGGAGAAGGGUUGCCACAUCUUGCACAUCCUGUCUUCAGUCAGACAGCGCCACAGCAUGAAUGUGAGCAAAGCAGUGCUUGAGCUGGUUCUCAAAUCACUGGAGUGCAACAGUGACAUUAUCAGCACUAGAGAUAACUAUUUUACUUAUUUUAUUAUUUAGGCUGGGGUUAGUGAUCAAACUGACUCUGUUUCUUAAUUCUUUAAAUAAAAAAAAAUAUAAAGAUUCAUUAA